CGAUCUGCGACUGCGCAGCCUGGCCCAGCACGGUCAAAUGAUAAUGCACACAGUUGUCGGGGCGCAGAGGAUGACAUUACUCUUCUCGAUCUGCCGGUUCUCUCACGAGACUGGAGCGUUGCUAGGAGACUCGGCGGGAGGGCGGAGCCAGACUCGACGGGGCGGGAAGGGGCGGGGUAAGGGUCGGCGGGAGGUGCGCGCUCGCGGUGGGCGGUGGCGGCGACGGCCUCGCGAAGGUUCCAGAGCCGCCGCGUGCGGGAGGCGGGCCGUGAUCUCGCGCAGGGUCGGUGUGCGCGCAGGCUGCGGCGCUGCGACUCGUGCUGGUGGGCGUCUGCGCUCGGUUUGAGGGCUCCGCGCGGCGUUUCCCGUUCCCUCCACUGCGCGGCUGCAGCUCGGGCCUUGGGCCUGAACUAGCCCCCAUGGCUUCGGAAGAGGUAAGUGGUCCGACCCUAUCUUCCUAAUGCCCUCCGGGCUGGAGCUGCAGCGCCGGCCUCCCGCCCCACCGCCGUUUCCUUGUACUGAGCAGCCCUGCGGUGACCCGGUCCCGCGGCAGUGGGCGCGCCUUCCCAGGGUGGGGGGAUGCUUCCCCGCGCUUCCCUUCGGCCCCGCACCCACUCGCCUGCCGGGCCCGAGAGGGGGUGUGCGGAGAUUCUCCGUGCAGGCGGUGCGGGGAGUGGGUCUAGGAGAGCGGCCCGCUGCGCUUGUUCCUCGGGCCCUUUCUGCUCUGGCUUCCCAGCCGGAGGACUGGAAGCUUCAUUCAAGCAAAGCUGGGUGCAAACGUGAGAGUCGUUGAUGGUAGAGGGCGGUCGGAAGGUGAGAAGUUCUUGGUGCUAGCACUUGAAUUCUCUUAGUCGUGUUUUCUCUACACACAACGAGCUGUGUUACUCUGGGCAAGUUGUUUAGCUUCUCUGUGUCGCAGUAGCAUCUAUUUCACAGGGUUGUUAAAAAGUAUGAUUUCUAGGUGUUUAAGCCAGUGCUUGGCAAACAGCACUAUGCUGUAUGCGACUUUUACAAUAAAUAACUUAGUUAGUCGUAAUUGAUAGUGAGAAAUCGAAUGGCCUGUGUUAAAGCUCUGUCAACUCUGGACGUUGGAGAAUUAAAUUUUAUGGAGACUUAGUUUGCUCAGUUCGAAAGUGGUAAUGAUAGUACUUGUAUUGCUCGUUGCCUGGCCUACGGGGGAGGUGAAGACCGGACAGUUAGUUUAGUGUUGGGUGUGUGUUAACUAGAUUUGCUUUAUGAAAACAAGUACUGGGAAAUCCCAGGCUUUUUUGUUUUCCCCCCUCAAAAUUUUUUCUUCAAAUGAAGAAAAACUGUGAGGUUUGUAUAUUUUAGUAUUAAUCUGGAUAUCUUGUGACAAGUCUGUUAAGGUAGGUAUUGGGUACCAUGUGCCUUGAGGAGAGAACUUCCCAGUCAUGCAUAUGGAGAAUUCAAAUUUUUAACCAUUCUGAAGUGUACAAUUCAGGGUUUUUUGUUUGUUUUUGGUAUGUUCACAGUGUAGUGCAGGUGUCACCAAUGUCUAAACAAUUGCUUCCCAUUCCUCCCUUAGGUCCUGACUACUCAUCUUGUACUUUGUCUCUGAAUUUGCCUAUUCUAGGCAUUUCAUAUAAAUGGAAUUACGCUGUGUAUGGCCUCUUGCUUUUUGGCUCCUUCAACUUAGCACUAACAUUUUCAGGUUCAUCUGUGGUGUAACAUUUAUCAGUACACAUGCUCUUUAUGGCUAAAAUUCUUUUUCAUGCGUAUGGCGCAUUGUGUUUAUCCUUUCAUCAGUUGAUGGACACUUAUUUCCACUUCUUUUUUUGAGACGGGAGUCUCGCUCUGUCGCCCAGGCUGGAUGGCACAAUCCUGGCUCACUGCAACCUCCACCUCCCGGGUUCAAGCGAUUCUCCUGCCUCACUGCCGCGCUCCACAACACCCAGCUAAUUUCUGUAUUUUUAGUAGAGACGGGGUUUCACCAAGUUGGCCAGGCUGGUCUCAAACUCCUGAUUUCAAGUGAUCUGCCUGCCUGGGCCUCCGAAGGUGCUGGGAUUACAGGCGUGAGCCAUGGGGCCCACGUCCGGCCUUAUUUCCACUUCUUGGCUAGCUGCUCUACAGAAAGAUCUAGAAGAGGUAAAGGUGUUGCUGGAAAAGACUACUAGGAAAAGAAUACGAGAUGCCCUUACAGCUGAAAAAUCCAAGAUUGAGACAGAAAUCAAGAACAAGAUGCAACAGAAAUCACAGAAGAAAGCAGAGCUUCUUGAAAAUGAAAAGCCAGCUGCUGUGGUUGCUCCCAUUACAACAGGCUAUACAGUGAAAAUCAGUAAUUAUGGAUGGGAUCAGUCAGAUAAGUUUGUGAAAAUCUACAUUACCUUAACUGGAGUUCAUCAAGUUCCCACUGAGAAUGUGCAGGUGCAUUUCACAGAGAGGUCAUUUGAUCUUUUGGUAAAGAAUCUAAAUGGGAAGAGUUACUCCAUGAUUGUGAACAAUCUCUUGAAACCCAUCUCUGUGGAAGGCAGUUCCAAAAAAGUCAAGACUGAUACAGUUCUGAUCUUAUGUAGAAAGAAAGUGGAAAACACAAGGUGGGAUUACCUGACUCAGGUUGAAAAAGAGUGCAAAGAAAAAGAGAAGCCCUCCUAUGACACUGAAACAGAUCCUAGUGAGGGAUUGAUGAAUGUUCUAAAGAAAAUUUAUGAGGAUGGAGAUGAUGAUAUGAAGCGAACCAUUAAUAAAGCCUGGGUGGAAUCGAGAGAGAAGCAAGCCAAAGGAGAUACAGAAUUUUGAGACUUUAAAGUCCUUUUUGGGAACUGUGGUAUGAUAUGGAAAUACUGAUGUUUCCAAUAAGGGAAUAUUGGCGAGCUGCAUAUUUAAAUUUGACAGAUAGCUAUUUACAUAGCCUUCUAAGUAAAGGCAGUAAAUUCUCCAUUUCCUACUGGAGGAUUUAUUUAAAUAAAAUAUGCUUAUUAAACAUAACUGCAAAGAUGGUUUUAUUAGUAUCUUGGUAAUCUUGUUCAAGGGUUAUAUUGCAUUCUCUUGUGAAAUAUAAAAAGCAAGUCUUGCCCAAUGAAAAGGCUACAUUGUGUGUAUUUUUGUUCGCCUAAGAAUUGGAAAACAAAAGUAUUUGCUUGCCUGUAAGUUAAUGACAUCAGCUUCCACCAAUGUAAAAACAGUAAAACCUGAAUUUUUGCAUAAAAUGCAAAUCUGUGCCUGUGCUUGAAGGUUGUUGUACAUCUGACCCCUUAUUACCAGCUUAAGCAAUGUAUACGCCAUGUAUUACCGUGCACUAAUUCAAUCACAAAUGUUUCUAUCUAGAUUUAAAUGUAUUUGUUUACAAAUGUAGAAUAGAAACCAAACCUAAACAUGACAAUAGACAAACAUCUUUGUAUGGUACCAGUUAGUUUUGCCAUGGAUCAAAUGGUUUAUAAAAGUAAUAACCAUAAAGCAAAAAAUAAUUUGAAAGCCCAUCUAUUCCUAUGCUCAAUAAAGUUAAGUUUUUCUUCAUUAGAA